AUGGUGCUCCCUCCCCAUCUCGAGUCUAGCCCUGUCGAUUCUACACAAACAGCCAAGUCUCGCAAGGGGUGGUUGGCCUUCCCCUUUGUUACCCUCAAGCGCGCCACCACCGACGAGUCCGACCCGGCCGCCGCCGUCUUCAGCGACUACGAGUACCUGGGCCUCACCACCGUCGAGGAAGCGAACGGUUGGCAGCUGGAGUGGACGGAAGAGGGCGAGAAAGCCUUCCAGCACUGGAGCGCGCGCGAGGACGAGAUCAAGGCCCUGGGCUCGCUGCGCCGCCGGCUGAUCGACGACCGCGCCGAGGCCGCCCUCGCCGACGCUCGCAAGGCGCUCGACACCGCCAUCGGACGCGGGCGGGCGCGGCCAACCCGGCAGAGCAAGGCCACAGUGAUCGACCUCACCGCCGAAACGGUGGUGAAGCUGAGCGCGGAGGUGGGGGCUCUGAGGGAGGAGCUGAGCAAGCUGCUCGCGGAGACCAAGAAGCAGAAGAAGAAGCGACUGCGCGUAAAGAAGGAGAAAAAGGAGAAGAAGAAGAAGGAGAAGAAGAGGAAGAAGGAGGAGGAGAAGGAGAAGGAGGCCAUAGAGAAUGAAGAGAGCGACGACGAUCGCAGCGAUGAUGACAAUGAAGAAGACGACGACGGCGACGAUGAUGAUGAGAUCGAGGACGAAGGGGACGACCAAAGCCAGACAACACUCUCGAGGAAGAGGAAGCGCCAAGAGGAAGAAGAGAAAGAGAAGAAGAAGAAGGGCAAGAGCAAGAAGAAGAAGAGCAGCAAGAAGAAGGCGAAGAAGAGGCGAACAGGUGAUGAAGGAGAAGAAGCAGAGAAGGAGGAGGAGAAGAAGAUGGCUGAGCCAGAGGAACAAGACAACGACGACGACGGCGACGGCGACGAUGGUGAAGAGCGCCACAGUUUGGUGCGUCGCCGCAAGCGUCGGGCCAGGAGCCUCUUCGAGAUGCGUGCCGGCAGCUGCACGCAGAGUUGA